CACCCCACACUGGGGAUCAAGACCACAACCCGGGAAUGUGCCCUUGACCAAAAUCGAACCCGGGACCCUUCGGUCUGCAGGCAGAUGCUCUAUCCACUGAGCAAAACCGGCUAGGACACAUGUAUCCUCUGUGCUGAAUUGUUCACUCUUAAAUAAUUUACUGAAAAUAUAUUUAUGUUUUAUUCACAUUUUGUGACUGUACUUUGAUUUGAAAUUUAAAUUUCAGAAAAGAAAAAGUAGUGGUGCAAAUUGGAACAGAAUGCAUAUAUAUAUAUUUCCAGUUUCAGUAUGAAACAGAGAGGAGAUACUGGGUGUCAACUGGAGAGUGAUGUGGGCUAAGAGUGAUGGUUUGAUAAAGAUGAAACAUUAUAGCAUAUAAUGAGAUUAGGUCCAAUGGAUAAACAGAUGUUUCAGAUAUAAAACACAAAAGGGACAGUUGGAAUAGUUAAGUCCUUGAGAAACUGUUAAGGGAAGUAGACCCCACACACAAGCAGCAAAUUGGCCUUAGAUUGGAGUGCGGACAAUUUAUCUACCAGAGUCAGAGGAAAAUUUAGAUACAGGCGACUCAAGUGGUGUCUCCAUGUGAAAGUACUUUUGAUUGCUUUUAUUUCUCUCAAUAAAAUAUGAGGCACGAAGACAUUAGGAAAGUGAACUGACCAGCAAAAUGUAGGAAGAGGGAGAUACAUUUUGAGGUCAUGAAUGUGCCAUUCAUCAGCAUAAUUGUGGGUUUUUCUAUAGACACUUUGACUCUUUCAGGACAGACAUGAAGUGAGCACAAACAAAUAACAUACAACAGAUGAUACAUCAUAGCAUCAUUACCCGAGAGUCAUUUAUUCAUUCAAUAAGUAAUUGUAGUUAAUCUCUUUUUUAAAAAAAUGCUUUUACAAAGAGAUAAGAAAGAGAUAGAAACAUCAAUGAGAGGGAAAAAUCAACAUGGAUGGGCUCAUGCACGAUGUGGGCUGGGCAUUGUGCUUGAAACCAGGGCAUGUGUCCUGAUCCCGAAUCCAAUCAGCAACUCCUGGUGCAUAGGUUGACACUCAACCAAUGAGCGACCCUGGCCUGGCUAAUUCUUCUAUUCUUAAACUUGGAUGUACUAGUAUAAGGAUGAAAACAGAAGUGGGCAUUGAACAAAUGUAGGUCAUUUUCAAACACAGGGGAGACUUUGUGAUACCUAGUCUUCAAUUGGCAUUAUUAUAGGGUACUGAUAUGUCCGGGCCAUCCAGAGAAGGGUGUGUACCUGGAGUUACCAGCCAAUGUGCCCAUGAAAAUCACACAUAAGAGAAGGCUACUCUGUUGGCCUCUCCCAACACAUUUUUCGACAGUGUUAUAAAUAGAACUUGAGAGACUGAAUUUUGAUUAUGUUAAAAAAAAAAUUGGAGUAUUGUCCCUUGCCCCAUGAUCAUCAACCCAUUUAGGUCUACCCUGAGGCACAGGACAGCCACCCCCUGUCUUUUCUAACAGCCUGCCUGCAGAGAUGUGCAUAACACUAUAAAGCCUCAUUGAGAGAUCAAUAAGAUCUGAAUUUGAUGCACAUGUGUUACAGAGCAAGAGUUUUAGAAGAGGGGAAAUGGGCAAUGGAGUGUGCCCACCAAUGAUCUCCAAGCCCCCUGGUCUGGAACAUUAGUAGUUAGCUGAGCAACGGACACAGGAGGGGUGGAAGUUCCGUGUGGCACAGUUGAGGAAGGCACAGAGGUUUUGUUUCCUCUCCCAGGGUUUGGAGUCCUUCUUGGUAAUUACAUCACCAAAAUAUCAAAGGACUGUAGCCAAGGAUCACUGAAGCUAAUGCUAUGGAACGAAGCCACAGAAAGGACACUAUCUGAAGGAUAAGAGAGGUCAGAGAGACUAGAAAGGACACAGCCAGAGGUAGGCAAUACCCACCCUUUAUGCAGCCAGCCAACACCUGCAGCUAAUCCCAGUGCCUAACAGUCUGCAUGUCAAGGAGUGCUUCUGCUUAAGGACAAAGCCCUGCAUCAGCCACUGAUUCAGUGGGGCCAUGUCAGUGCCCACCUUCUCUACAGAGGAACCAAGUGGUUAUGUAUGAGACAAGCAGAGUGCUUCAGACCUGGGCUGCCCAAAUGAAGAGCUUGGCGCUGGUACUGGUGCCAGGAUCUUCACCUGUCAGGUUGGGGAUUGUGCUGGUGUUGGUACUGACUUUCCUGCCAAGCUUGUGCUGUGACCUGGGGUCAGUAUAUUAUUUGUCCUAUGAAAUAGUCAUCCCCAAGGCUCUGACAGUUGAGGGAAGGCAAGACACAAGGCAAAAGGCAUCUUAUGUGAUAUCUAUGCAGGGUGAAAAACAGGUGAUUCACCUGAAAGUGAAGACAGACUAUUUUAUCAAGAACUUUCCAGUCUUCAGCUACCACAAUGGCACCCUGGGACAAGAAAUGCCUUUCAUCUCACAUGACUGUCACUAUGAAGGCUACAUAGAAGGACUCCUGGGUUCUUUCGUUUCUGUCAACACCUGUUCAGGCCUCAGGGGCAUCCUGAUUAAGGAGGGAAAAUCCUAUGGCAUUGAGCCCAUGGACUCUUCAAGACGGUUUGAACAUGUGUUGUACACCAUGGCUCAUCAAUCACCAGUCUCCUGCAGUGUCACUUCCAAAGACAGCCCAGUGGUGUCCACCAGCCAACAACAAGGGAGCAGGAAGCCUGGCGGUCUACAGGAGCUGUCCUACUUGUGGUCACUCACCAAGUAUGUGGAGAUGUUUGUUGUGGUCAACAACCAGCGGUUCCAAAUGUGGGGCAGUAACGUCAAUGAGACGGUCCAGAGGGUGAUGCACAUCAUUGCCCUGGCCAACAGCUUCACUAGGGGAAUAAACACAGAGGUGGUGCUGGCUGGAAUGGAGAUUUGGACCGAGGGGGACCUCAUAGAGGUCCCAGUGGACCUGCAAGUUACACUCGGGAAUUUCAACAGCUGGAGACAAGAGAAGCUCCUCCAUCGUGUGAAGCAUGAUGUUGCCCACAUGAUUGUCGGACAGCAUCCUGCACAGGGUAUGGGACAGGCAUUUCUCAAUGGUGCCUGCUCAAGUGGGUUUGCAGCAGCUGUUGAAUCCUUCCAUCAUGAAGAUGUCCUGCUGUUUGCAGCGCUCAUGGUCCAUGAGCUUGGGCACAACUUGGGUAUUCGGCACGACCACUCAGCCUGCAUUUGUAAAGACAAACCCCUCUGCCUCAUGCGUGACAAUAUCACUAAAGAAAGUGGCUUCAGCAACUGUAGCUCUGACGACUUCUACCAGUUCCUCCAGGAACACAGAGGGGCCUGCCUAUUUAACAACCCUCAGCGGCACAAAGGCCGCUUGCGUAGGGAUUCCUACUGUGGAAACGGUGUGGUGGAGGGUGAGGAGCAGUGUGACUGUGGUUCUGCCUGUUACACUGACCCGUGCUGUGACCAAACAUGUAGCCUGAAGGGGAGUGCAGAAUGUAGUGAUGGACUCUGCUGUUUUGGUUGCCGACUGAAGAAUAAGGGAUUCAUGUGCCGUUCUGCUUUGGGAGAGUGUGACCUCCCAGAGUAUUGUGAUGGUACCUCUGCAGAGUGCCCCACAGACACCUAUAAGCAAGAUGGGACGUCAUGCGGUAGACUGCACUACUGUGUUGGGGGUCAAUGCAGGAACCCUGAUAACCAAUGCAUGGCUAUGUAUGGGGACACUGCACGGUCAGCCCCAGAAAACUGUUACAUUUCAAUGAACAGCAAAGGGGACCGGUUUGGAAACUGUGGCCAUCCCACCUCAGCAAUGUCAACAUAUGUUAAGUGCUUUGAUGAUAAUGUAUUUUGUGGGAAAAUUAUAUGUACAAAUAUUAGACGGGUCCCAUCCAUCAUCCCAUCCAUCAAACCCCAUCACACACUGAUCCAGAUUCCUUAUGAAGGUGACUUCUGCUGGAGCUUGGAUGUCUAUAACAUUACUGAUAUCCCUGAUGAGGGAGAUGUGCACUCUGGCACUGCUUGUGCCCCAAACAAAGUCUGCAUGAAUUACUCCUGCACUGAUCAUGCUGUGCUCAACUAUGACUGCAGACCAGCAGAAAUGUGCAAUGGGAGAGGAGUCUGUAACAAUGUAAGGCACUGCCACUGUGAGGCUGGCUUUGCACCCCCCGACUGCAGAACUCCAGGAAAUGGGGGUAGUGUGGACAGUGGUUCUCCUGGCAAAACAGAGGUUGAAAAUCCAAGUGAGGAUGAAAAGAACAGUUAUAGUGUUGAUCAUGAAAAUUUUGGCAAAGGUGGUGAGAAUAGAAAUGAAAAUGACAGCAAGGAUGUGUUAAUGAUUGUAUUCCCCUUUUUUAUUUUAGUAAUAUUUAUUUUUUGUUUGUGUAUCUUCUUUUACUGUUUUUUAUUUUUUGUAAUAUUUUUCGGUCUAAUUAUUGGUGUCCAUCUUGGGGCUGACCAGGAUUUUUUACAGAACUCACAAGUGGCCCCGAAAAGAAGAGAACACUUGCAUAAGAAGAGGACAACGACAUUAAGAGAGGAAGGGUCAACAACAGAAAAUGAGUAGUGAUAGGAAGAAGUCUUCUAUAGCAAGCACUCAGACACUUGGUGGAAGAGGCUCAGUAGAGUAAAUGUGAAGUGGGUAUUGACAGGCGAAGUGGCUCUGAUGGGGACUGUAAAGACUAUAGAAAUGUGCUAAUGUAAAGGAGGGAUUUUCCUCUAUCUUUUACUAAUUAUAUGUGUAUAAGUGAAUUAAUUUAUAAAACAUUUUACUAUAUUUUC